AUGCCAUUCGAUGAGAACCAAAUUCCGCUGCACUCAAGGUUGCAAAUACAGCGUGGUGAAGCCGAACCCCAACCCCUUUACUACCGCUACCCAACUCCAGUCCACGACACCCUGGCCGGACUCGACUGGGUCUUGGGAAACCUCCAGCCCACGCGGCUAGGCGUCGUCGGCACACACAUUGGCGGCUCUCUAGCCCUCAUGCUAGCUCUCACCGAACCACGUUCUAUACAUGCAGUCGCUGCAAUAGAGCCUGUCUGUGACUGGACCGCCCUGGAUGAGUACUGCACUUCAACUAAUUCUCCCGCCACUAGCCGUAGGAGAAGACAUGCCCCAGUGGAUUUAGUUCCGCUUCUAGAAGCUCGCGAAAGAUUCUUUGCGAGCCAUGAGCGGUACUUUGAUUCAUUUGCUUCGCCAAUCCUGUUCCUGAGGUCUCCGGGGAGGGAUACACCCAAGGUGUUUCCGCGGUAUCGAACCGGUCCCGAAUACCCGAUUCCUGUGCGUGUGGUUGGAGAAGAUGACCCUGAAGAGGAGCCUGAUCUAUGGGACCCUUACGAGCUAUACGAUGAGAUAGACCUUUCGAACAGUAAGAGCUCGGCUGUCGAUUAUUCGGGCCAAGAAGCUCAACCGCCCGCCCGCCGUCGCAAGGCCCUCUCCCGAUGGCCUCCAUAUGGCUUGGACUAUGGUAAUUCCGGCCCACCCGAAAGGUACAGCCGCCAGCCUGUUAAGCGACUCAAUGUCACCCUUCCCUGGGUUCGUAUCUUUACCUUCGCCGAUCACCAGUCUAAGGAGAGCACAAGCCCGAGCGCAAUUAAGUCUCCGAAAGCAUCAACUCCAACAUCGCAAGUAAGCGAGGUAGACGAAACACAAGGACAGAAAGCGCCGACUAGACGCAGACGGACGCGAAAUGACACUGUACUCUCUCACCAAGCUACGGAAAUGGUGGACGUAAUGCGCCGUGCUUGUUUCUUUGGGAAGGAAAGUGGUUUCGGUGAGAAGAGGGUUACUCUCUCUUCUGUCGGUGUUUCUAGCUCUGAUACCUCUACAUCUGAUGCCGCGACCAGCGCUCCUGAGCAGCGCGAAUAUCUGUCCGAGGCUAUAACAAUGCGCACUGGGAGUUGGCUUGCAGAGACACUUGAUUUAGAUAUCAAAGAAAACCUCAAGGCGGAUAAUACCAGGACACGCGACCGAUGA